UCGACAUUGUAAGUUGAUUGUCAUACACAUAAAUCAUCAAUUUCAAAUACGUAAUUAAAUUACUAAAUUCUAGUGAAAAAUCUCUAAUAUAUCCCAGAAUAUUUCGUAAUGCCAAAAAAAUACCCCUGGCCUACUGCUGGUUUACAAAAAUAUUCGGAACGCCUCAAAACCUUCAUUCACGAAAGAUGUACCUGUUAUCCAAACCUCGAUGACGACAUGUUUGAAGUUCCCGAAUUCUUGGUGAUAGAUCCAAUUAAAAGACGGCCCUCUAAAUUCAAGCUGAGUUUCGCUGAUGACUUUCCUUAUACCAGAUUCAAGGACAAUGAAUUUAAUAACGAAACUUGCGCUUGCAACCUAUGCUCUGUAUGCGAAUGCAAUAUGAAUUUGAAGCCAUUUCCCCACUACGUCUUAUAUCGCGAACAGUUGCCGCCGUGGACCAGAAGAGCUGAAGUACGUUUCAGGAAGCCGGUACCUGAAAAGCGAUUCUCUUCUGUUUCUCAGAAAGGUUGGAAACCUGAACCCAUGAAACAAAAAAUGGAAACUGAUGAAGCACGAGUAAAAAAAUCAGAAAAGAAAGAGGAGCCACCAGUACAAGUCCGGAGGAAGAUUUCUGCAUUUUCUUUCGAUGAUGAUCCAUCAAAGUUUCCAUAUCUUUGAAAUUAUUUCAGAAGUAAU